AUCUCAUUCAUGAAUUUUGUUCGACACUUCCGUCUUUUGAUUCAUCAUCCUCGCUAGGGCUGUGCAGAUUGGAUUAGGCUUGGCAUGGGCUUGAAUUCUUGCAUGAAUUUGCUUUAAUUUUUAAUCGCUAAAAAACAGAUGCAUGGAAAGUAAGCCAGUCACGGUCGGUCUGUAGUUUAUCGGACAUGGUCGGCCCUCAGGUUUUUGGACCACUAUAUAACGUUAUUUAUUAGGCAUCAGCAUAAUUAAUUGUUAUUAUUGUUUUUUCUGUCAAUGGUAGUCAUUGUUGAAGAUUAGUACGUAUACCAUUUUAUUUGUUAGAAUAUUGAUUGAUUUUUUUUAACUUGAACAUGUAUAUGUAAAUACAUUGAAAUCAUCUUGAUGCAAGUUGAAUAAGAUUUUUAUACAUAUCCAAUUUAAUGCAAGACAAAUGAAAACGAUAGUAAAGAACCUUGACAUAUCAUUUCUGAUCAUCAUAUACUACUUCAUUAAAAUUUGAUGAGCUUGUUAAGAUUGACGAAAUAGAUAAGAAUCAGUUGUGGAAGCAUGACUUGCUAAUCUUGGCAAAAGAAACGUUUCUAAGACGAAAAGCAUGGCUGAAGUUGGAUAAAUUUGGCCACGUAUGUUUCAUAUCCAAUGUAAAAGAAAAACGUUUUUUACAAUUUAGUAUUCUAAUGGGUAUAUAUGAAAGGAAAACUUGUUGAUACUGAAUCCGAUGAAUAAUAAAGCUAGGUUUACUUUGUUCGUUAAUAACAUUCAUGUAAACAUUCGUAAAGUCUAUAAAUAUUGUUUUACCAAUGCUUAUGUUUCUACUUAACCAUGUUUUUAUUUGUUAUUAUCAGUUUUUAGUCUUGGCCAAACGAUAGUUUUAACUUUUAUCUGGUGAUGACUUAUGCAUGGUCUUAUUAAAAACUAUCAAUGCAUCUAUUUGCCAAACGUAUCAAUGUACCAUUCUAUCUUGAUGUUCGGAUUCACGUAACCUUUGCUUUGGUGUUUAAUAAAGAAAGAUACUUAGCGUGUACAUAAGGGACAGCUUUUCACAAAAGAGCUUUGAAUUACGUCAUAUCUUUUAGUUCACAUGAACUUAAUUUAUAUUUUACUUCCAUAUAUCACUAUAAUCGCUAUUUUCCAGAAAGAUUUGUAAUCGCAUGAUCACUGCAGAUUCAAUAACUAGUCGAUUUUAAUGUGUACAUAACAUGGUACUUGUUAGCUGAAAUUAGAAAUGUUUUCAUAAUUUAAUCAAAAACCAUUUUCUUCAUCCAUACCCUACCAAAAAGAAUAUCUUGAUCGAAUGGCUACAUUAAUAUAGAGUGUUAUUCAAGGAAAAUUAGGCAAGAUUAUCGUAAUCCCAUAAAUUCUGUUCACACAUUAUAUUAUCCAAAAUAAUACUCUAUAUACGUUCAUUUAUUAUAUUUUUGCUUCGUAGAUUAUCCCUUUCCCAAUGUCUUCCCUUAUAGAAGCAAAGAACAAAGGAGUUUGUUGAAACCAAAUUUCCCAAAAUAUGUUAGGAUUUAGAUUGCUCUUUAAUUUCUUCUUUUGCCUUUGUAUUUCUUAACUGACUCAAUUUCAUUCAAAAUUCAAUGGAAGAUCUUAACACAUUUGCUGCUGACUGCGUCGUUGUAUCAUGUUGCUGCAACUGUCUUGUUCUCCAAAUCGUGAUCUUCAUCUUCCUUGGGAUUCCUCAAAAACUGAUCAAGAACACAAGAAAAUGUUACACAAAAUGGGGCAUAAACGGAAGAACAAAAAGAAUGGGGCUCGAUUAUGAAUGUCGAGGAAACACCGGGGUCGAUUGGGAAUGGAGAAAAGAGACUCUGAGUAUAGAGAUGGAGGGCUUUGGAUGUAUUGAAGAAGUUGAAGAGGCUUUACAGGAGUUUUCAAAGAAUGGUGAGUUUUUGUUUGGAAGCUUCUGGCGAAAAGAGAGGGUUCAAAACUUGUCAAUGUCAAGUUGUGUUAAUGAAAACUUUGACCUAAAAUUUGUAAGUCGUUAUGAGAUAAUCGAAGAAAAUUUCUACUCCUUGGAUUAUACAUUAACAACUUCACAUAUUGAAAUUAGUGGAAAUAAAAAUAGCCCUUGUAUCCACUAGGUUGGGGUUUUGCUUGUUCCCAACUUCAGAGAUCCGUAUUUUUUCAGCCAUGUUCUGAUCAUCAUAUAGUUAAUAAAUGACAUGCUUUGUGAAAA